AAGCCGUAACCAUAGAACGCUAUCUCAUCUCAGAGAAAUAUCCGCGUGACUCCGACCUCCUCCCUCCCACUCCGAGCAGCAGCAGCAGCAGCAGCAGCCAUGGGGAUAGCCGUGGUGGCUCCCGUCGCAGCGGCCUACUCCUCCUCCCUCGCGCCGCCGCCGCCGCCGCGGAGGGCGCCGAGCCGGGCCCACGUCGCGGCGGCCGGGAUGUCCUCGAGGGCGUCCUCGUUCGUCGCGGGCGCUGGCGGGGGCCUCGCGGUGGUCUCCGCGUCCGUGGCUGCGCGGCCGAGGCGGGCCGGAGCGGGGGGAGGCGGCGCGCUCGGGUGCAAGUGCCUGUUCGGUUUGGGGGUUCCCGAGCUGGUGGUCAUCGCCGGCGUCGCCGCGCUGUUGUUCGGGCCUAAGCAGCUCCCCGAGGUCGGCCGCAACAUCGGCAAGACCGUCAAGAGCUUCCAGCAGGCAGCUAAGGAGUUUGAAACCGAACUGAAAAAAGAGCCUGGGGAGGGUGGAGACCAGCCUCCACCCGCGACUCCCACGGCGGUAAGCGACGGGGAAGAGAAAAAGGGGCUUGAGGCAUCAAGUAGCAAGGAGAGCACGUGAGGAUCAAUUGAGAGUUGCGAGUUAGGGUUGUGUAUGUAAAACUGUAUUCCGCAUUUCUUGAGUUAGCGGCUCAUUCCUUCCUUGUUUUUUUGACCACCUUGCAGUUGCAUGGCAUGUAGUGAUAUUGUUUUGUACCUGGGAAGAACACCUUGUCUGUGAAAAAUACCAUGUUCAAUUGUGAGGUUAAUAUGUUGAACAUAAUUCAGAUUGGCAAUUGACACCUGUAGCAUGUCUCUUGUUUUAUAGAAACUUAAGUGGUUCCAGAUA